CUUAUGAACAAUGUCACGUAUAGUUAUUGCGAAAUAUGACGUCUUGCUUGAAAGUGAUUGGAUACUUAAAACAUUCUUUCAACUGCAGUGCACCACUGACAGACAUUAGAGACACCAAUGGAGACCCAUAUCAGAGCAACUACUCAACUACUAGUCACUGAAGUUAGAAUCAUACAGUAGAUAUUACCAUUAGGAGUCAGUUAGAAAGGUAAUCAUUAGUAAGUUAACACUAUAAGUAAAAGUUAAAAUCAUAUAUACUACAAUUAAAGGUCAGACAGACUCAAUUAGUUGACCUAUUAAUUGAUUGGGGUAAUCAUUGAUAUUCGGUACAUUUAGUUAAGAUGGCCGACUACAUCAACAAACAGGUGAUUGAAUUAAAUGAAGUUACUGAAGAAAACCGGAACAAAGCAACGAGGAGCAUGAAGACUGAGACCCAUCUCUCAGAUGGAAGACUAAGACUCUACAGGCUGGCUGCUGUGUGUUUAGGAGUGCUGUGUGUUCUACAAGUCACUCUCAACAUCUCCCUGAGACUGGCUUUCUAUAACAGAGGCAAUGAGACUGAAGAGAGAGACCAGCUACAGACCAGUUGCAACACCCUGACUGAAGAGAGAGACCAGCUACAGAAGGAAAGAGAUGAUCUCAUGACAAAGUUCUCUAAUCUGAAACAAACCUGUCCUGAAGGCUGGCAGCAGUUUAACUCCAGUUGGUACUUCCUGUCUACUGUGAAAAAACCCUGGAAGGAGAGCAGACAGGACUGUCUGGAGAGAGGAGCAGACCUGGUGAUCGUAAACAGUGAAAUGGAACAGGAGUUUCUCUAUGGCCUCAAUAAGAGAGCCUGGAUUGGUCUGACUGACUCUGUUACUGAGGAGACCUGGAAAUGGGUGGACGGCACCCCACUGACCACCCCAAGUUACUGGCACACACAGCAGCCUGAUAAUGGUGGUGACAACCCAGCAAAUCGGAACGAGGACUGUGUUGAGCUGAACACAGUAACAUGGCGUCCUGUAAAGGCAUGGAAUGACCUGUCAUGUUUACUCAAUCGUUACUGGAUUUGUGAGAAAGUGGAAACAACACCAUGACAACAGAGGAGGCUGGUGGGAGGACUGAAAGGAAUUUUAUAAUAUCUGUACAUUACAAUUCUACCGGUGAUUGCAAAUGUACAAUUAUUAAUGUUUUGCUUGAGCUUGAGAUUAAGAAUCAGUGAUAGACCUUGCAAGUGCAUGAAAAGGUCAACUGUACAAAUCAAAUCAAAUUUUAUUUGUCACAUACACAUGGUUAGCAGAUGUUAAUGCGAGUGUAGCGAAAUGCUUGUGCUUCUAGUUCCGACA